CCUGUAUGAUUUUUAAAUAAGGAUGGCGGUGUUGCUAGAAACAACUUUAGGAGAUAUUGUAGUAGAUUUAUACACGGAGGAAAGACCCAAAGCCUGCUUAAACUUCUUGAAGUUGUGUAAAAUCAAGUAUUACAACUAUUGCCUCAUUCACAAUGUCCAGAGAGAUUUUAUCAUUCAGAUGGGUGACCCUACAGGCACUGGGCGUGGAGGAGAGUCUGUGUUCUGUAAACUUUACGGGGACCAGGCACGCUUUUUUGACGGUGAGAAAGUUCCACGGAUCAAGCACAGGAAGAAGGGAACCGUCUCCAUGGUGAACAACGGCAGCGACCAGCAUGGCUCUCAGUUCCUGAUCACCACUGGGGAGAACCUGGACUACCUGGAUGGCGUCCACACUGUGUUUGGGGAGGUGACGGAGGGGAUGGACAUCUUGACCAAAAUCAAUGAAUGUUUCGUGGACAAAGACUUUGUUCCAUACCAGGACAUCAGAAUAAAUCACACGGUGAUUCUGGACGACCCCUUCGAUGACCCUGUAGAUCUGCCCGUGCCUGACCGAUCCCCAGAGCCCACCAGAGAACAGCUGGAUAGUGGGCGUAUUGGAGCAGAUGAAGAGAUAAAUGAUGCUGAAGGGAAGGAUGCAGAGGAGCUGGAUGAGCUAAUUAAAGAGAAGGAAGCAAAGACCCAGGCCAUACUGCUGGAGAUGGUAGGUGACCUGCCCGACGCAGAUGUCAAACCCCCGGAGAACGUGCUGUUCGUGUGUAAGCUGAACCCAGUAACCACGGAUGAAGACCUGGAGAUCAUCUUCUCUCGCUUUGGCCCCAUCCAGUGUUGUGAGAUCAUCAGGGACUGGAAGACAGGCGAGUCUCUGUGCUACGCUUUCAUCGAGUUUGAAAAGGUGGAGGACUGCGAGAAAGCUUACUUUAAGAUGGACAACGUGCUCAUCGACGACAGACGUAUCCAUGUGGACUUCAGCCAGUCGGUGUCCAAGAUCAAAUGGAAAGGCAAAGGUGGGAAGUACACGAAAGAUGACUUUAAAGCCUAUGAGAAAGACCUGGAUAGCAGAUCCAAACUGACUCUGAAAGAUAAAGUCAAGCCCAAACAAGACUCCCGUUAUGACCUCGUCCUGGAUGUGAACGAGGAGGCAUUCGGUCGGAAGGAUGACAGGAAGGAGUGCGACCGGAGGCACCAGGCAGAUGACAACGACAGCAGGAAGGGAAAGAAAUCAAAGAACGUGGACGAGGCCCGGAGAGUGCGGCAGGAAGGCCGGCCACGUUCCCGCUCGCGUUCCCGAGACAGGGAGAAGGUGCGACACCGGGAUAGGGACCGGGACAGAGAUGGUCACCACAGGCAUGGCAAGCACAAAGAGAAGAGCCACAGGAAGGAGCGCAGCCGCAGCCCGAAGAGGUCAAAGGACAAAGAACGCAGCCGACAUCGCUGACCCCACCCAUAAUGAUGACCAUAGUGUCUCUUGAAAGAAAGGGAAAAUAAGGACAGAUUCUGUGUGUGUGUUUAUGUAGCAGUGGGUCUUCAGUGUUUGGGUGCACAUAUGUGUAGACACACAUGCAUACAUACAUCAUAGGGAGUAAGGACUACAGUGUGAAUUAGUGCAAGUGUUUCAGACUUGGAUACAUUUGUGUCACAAUAAGAGAUGCAAAAGUCUGAAGUUUAAGUAAUCUAACGUGUCUGAUCAAACCAGACUGGAUGCAGUCAGUCCAUGCUGGGUUUGGAGUUGAGGUCUGUAGGAAGGUCGAGCACUGGGAAGAGGGUUUGACCACUGCUCUAAUAAAUUACCCAGAUGUGUAUGUCAUCGUCAUCUGCUUGUCAGACUCUAAUCAUUCUGACUAUAUAUAUAUAUAUCUUGCAUUUUUAUGGAAAUGGGUAUUAAAACAUGUGGAUGGCACACAGAC